AUGUCCAAUCUAUUAAACAAGUUUGCUGAUAAGUUGCACGGCAACGAUCAUGAUGAACGUUACGAAGACGACAAUGACGACCAGACUAGACAACAGCGUCAUGAAAAACAUCAACAGAGGGAAUUCAGGAAUCAAGGAUCCAAGGCCGAUCCCUACGGCGAAGAAAACCAAGGGAAUUUCCCUCAACGCCAGCAGCCACAGUCUAAUCUAGGCGGUAACACGCAGUUUGGCGGUAACGACUUCCAGCAACAAACUACUGACUACACUGCCGGCACUGGUGGUGGCACUUAUACCCAAACUUACCGCGAAACUAACACUCAAGGUCAGUUGGACGACGAUGAAGACGAUGACUUCUUGACUUCGGGCCAACAGCAAAAACAAGGUCGUACAAGAGGUGCUCAAAGUAACCGCUACCAAUCCUCUAAUAUCGGCAGCGGUAGACGCGAUCUGUCUGGGUCAGGAAACGAUGAAUAUGAUGAUGAUAGUGGGAACCAAGGCGUCUGGUAG